AAGUGUUAUGAGAUAAUAAGGGAAAAAAAUAACUAUAUUUACAAAUAGUGUUUAAAUAGUUAAAUUCUGCUUAUUCUACUCGACAAUAGAUGGCAUUACUGGACUGAUUGCGUUUUGAUAUUUACUAAUGAAUUCAAUGAUAAAGACUAACAUAUUUUGUGACUUAUUUCCAAUUAUCGAAAUAUAUUUAUAAGAUUUUAAAGAGCUGCAAGAAUUUUAAAACAAAAUAAAUUUAGUUUCAUUACCUUUUAAAUGGUUUGAAACUAUAACAAAACCGGAAGUUUGCAAGAACAAAACGCAAUAAUCACAACUUUGUGCUUGUGUCAAAACGAACUGCAAAAGCGUGUUGAAUUUAUAUUAUUUUUGAUAGAUAACUAGCUUAAAAAGUUCAUGUAGUGAAAAAAAAGUAUUUUCUUUUAUCCACUGUAUUCAUUCCAAAAUGUCCCUGAAUCCACUGAAUGGUAACGUAUAGAAUUUCAACUUUUAGAGGUUAUAAAUCUGUUUUAAAAUUUAAGAAUGCCUUUUUGAAUGAAAAUAAUACUAAUUACUAUAUCUGUAUUUAUUUUUAUUUCCUUUUUGCUAUGUAGUACAUGGUUUAUUAAUGUAUUUCUCAUAUAUUAACGUUAGUUAUCGCAAAAUCUUACCCUAUACUAACCUAAAUCCUUUUUUUUUUUUUUUAAUAUUUAAGAAUAGACAGACUUCGAGUAUAAAAAUGUCAUGGCAAUGUCCAUAACAAAUAGAAAAGGGAGAAUUUAUUUAUGUAACAUUAACAUUAGUUUCAAUGAAAUCUUUCAUGUCAGACAAAACAAAUAAAUAGAUACUUACGAAAUAAGACUGUUUUUAUAACAGAUAAAUUAAUCAUGCAACUCUUGUAAUUUCAGAACUAAAACGUCGCUUGGAUGAUCAAGACAUACCAUUAUCAAAACGGUUAUGCCUAGCAAAAAAUGUGAUACAGUCCCAUCAUUUCCCAUCUGCACCUAAAGCACGUGUAGUUGCUGAAUGGCUUCAGGCAUUGUCACAGAAAAGCAAUAUUUCUAGUAAUGAACUAAAAAAUGUAAUAGGAUGGUUAAAUAUCAGUGAUGAUUUGACAAAUGAAUUCAAAAGCAAAAUAAUACAGAUUACAUCGCAGUAUUUGAAUAAGAACCCAUUGCAAAAUGGUGAUGUACAACACAUGCUAUCAUUAUUGGAAAAUACAAAGUUAUCAACCCAACUUAGUGUUAACAUCAAAGAAUGUUUGCAUAUAUCUAUUACCUUAUUGCAAUAUUUAAAAUGUGAAGAACCAUGUAAUAUAGAGCUAAGUCAGAAAGUAUUCAAAAACAUUGUAAAAUUUUACAAGGAAUCAAAGAAGAAAUUAGAAUUCAUAAUUAUGUUAUUGGAUGGAGAAAAUUUGGAAACUGUAUUCAGUUAUCUGGAUACUGAUUAUGUCACAGUUAUAAAUGUUUGUGAAAACAUUCUGUUUCAAAAGAAUAAAAAGUCUUUCUUUGCAAGUUAUCUUCAAACGUUAAUAAGAAAAAACAACAUUGACGAUUUGAUAUCUGAAAAAGGUGAUAAUAUUCAAUCAGUUUUGAAGAUCAUGGAUACAUUUUUUGCGUUUCCAAAUGGUAGAGUUUGCGUUGAGUAUAAGUUUUUGAAUGAUUUUAUUGAUGUGUUUGUCAGUUGUUAUAGAUUAGAAAGUCAACUUGUAUUCGCAUUUUAUGUAAUGGUCACUAAUUGUUUGCAAAUGGAACAAAACUAUGUAACACCAGCAAUGAAUAUGAAUCCAAUAACAUUUAAUGAAAACAGUGGAAAAAUCAAAAGAAAUAUAUUCUUAAAAAUGCUUGAUGUGCUAUUAAAAAAUGAAGUGGAUAUAAGUGUAAGGUUAAGUGACACGUUGGGUGUUAACAUACCAAAAAUUGAAACGAAAAAGACAUUUUUGUCAUUUCUGGAGACUGUAAUGAUGGGACAGCUGAAGUUGGUGGGGAAAUCUGACAAAGUUACUUUCGAAAUAAUAAAAACUGCAUUGAAACUGGACCCAAGUUUGGUCGAGACAAGAAUAGAUGAGAUCCUACCAAGCCUAAUGUGCAUAAAAAAGAGUAUAAGCGACAUGGCAUCGUACACCCAAAUGAUGAAUUUUUUGUUAGAAACAUAUUUUAAACUAGGCAGAGGCACAAUCUUUUUCAAUAAAAUUCUGCCGUUAGUAAAAAAGUCUUUAGACGCUACUAACACUGAACAGGAAGAUUUACAGAGAAAACUCAAUAAAUCCAUAGAUAAUAAUGAGGAUGUUACGAAAACAAAAAAUAAAAUGAUAACUGCCUAUGAUAUCUUACCAGAAGAAAGUGUAGAUUUAUAUGGAAAAUUAACUACUGAACUAAUGUUCCGACAAAAUAAAGACUUACUCAUAUCAUUGCAAAAAGACUUUGAAGAUAUCGGAUUGCAUGCUAUAAUUGAAGGGAAAAGAGAUCCAUCAACAAUAAUAAUAACGGAAGUCAUGUCCGCCAUUUUGUCAUCUUUCUUCAAGUAUUGCAAGAUGGCUGACCAUACUGUACCAUUGCAAAUUGCUGAGGAAUUCUGGUUGUCAUACAAAGAUUUUGAAUCUAACUGUCUAAGAAAAUUCGGAGAGAGUUUGAUUGAACAAAACUUUGAUAGUGAUUCACGGUUGAUUCUCUCAUUUCUGAAGUUAUGCCGCAACUUUUCUUAUCUGAAACUACUCAAUGUAAAAUAUAGCAACACCAAACUAGAAAUAUUCGACAUAGACAAUAUAACAUCGGAAGUUUUCGACAUGUCUGUUGUCCUACCUUAUUUAACGACACAGCAAUGGACGCAGUUGAUUGCGAAAAUUACCACCGAUGAGGCAACAUUGCUAAUGGAUGAAAUCCUUCUUAUCAAAACAAUGAUUAUAGAAGCUUUAAACAGCAAAAACUCGGAAAAUGGUCGACAAUCAAUAUCAGAAACCAAAUCUUAUUUAGUAAAACAAUUGAGUGACUUUCCCCAAAUACUAGAACCAGAUAGUCACAUACCAGAUGUUUUAUUAGUAAAUCUUGAUAAAAACCAACUGAAAAAAGUGUCGAAACUUGUUAUCAAUAAAUUUUUGUCAGACUCCAAUGCGGAUAUCUUUAAAAUGGAAUCUGUAUGUAACAAUAAACAGUUACUGAACGCUUUAUUAUUGGAAACAGUUAAAAAUAUACUCAAGUGCUUCGAAAAUGCGGAACAUUUUGCUAAAGCUAUAACUAAGUCUAGUUUUGAGUUUAAAACUUUUGCGAAAGAAACUGAUGUGAAAGAUUUGUUCUUAAAACUAUCCAUGAAAGAGAAUGAGGUUGAUAACGAGCUACCAACUUAUAUGGAAAUUUUAAAACACAUACAAAUAUACUAUUUGGAAGAAAAUUACCAGUUGCUAGCCAUCUUUGUGUUGCUAGCCAUUAAAAAUAAUUGCCGAAAAAAACUGAGACGAAACGUAGAUUAUAUAUUGCAAAGUAUAUUCGAGCUUUCUUCACAACCUCCUGAUUUGUACAAAAUAUUUCCAAUAGAAUUUAUAUUUUCAUUUGAAGACAGAUUAUUGAUAGAUUUACUUAGUCUAAAGAUUAAAACUGCGAAUAACUUUCUUCCUAUAAAAUGUUUGCUCGAAUCAGCUGUUAAGAGAGUUAAAAUUGAAAAACAUCUCGUUAUAAACAUAGUUGAAUUAUUAUUAAAAAAACAAUCAAAGUUUAAAUCCACAAGUAUAGAAUCUUUCAGCGAUCCAGCAUUCCAAAUUACUUGUAUAAUAUUACCGUUAAUAGUCAAGCAAAAGAAAUUCAUAACAUUAAGUGCACACCGUUCAAUAUUAGCUGAUUUACAAGAGAAACUACAUAAGUCAUUGCUAGAAUGUUUCAAGAAUGUUAAUUUUGAAGAGACUAGUAGUUCUCCAGUUGAUGCAAUUGGCAACACAGAUGAUAGUAUGGCAAUUUCCGACAGCACAAUGGCAACAUUAAAUGCUAUAUCUGCAUAUUCUUUAACGUUAUCAAAAUAUUGCGAGUCGACUGAUACUGAAGAUCUUAAAAACUUGGAUUGUCUAUGGUCUGGGCUGGAGUACUUCAUACACAGUGCUAUGCAAUCAAUACAAAAUCCCGAAACGAAACAUCAACACGUCGAAUCUUCAAUACAACUUUUGAAUGCCGUUUUACGUUACAUAAAAAAAUUAGAAACCCAUGAGAUAUUCCAGACCAAAGAUAAAUUAUUCAUUCAGAUUUGGAAUAGUAUUAAAACGCGACUAUCUAUAAUAACAGAUUCAAAGAAUAAAUAUCUGAAUACUGCAUCUAUACUUGAAGAUAUUUCUGUUACGAUAAAGUUUUUAUGUGAAUGGGUAUCUGUGGAUGGGUUCGUUGGACAUUUUGUUGCAGAUAUAAGUACGUUAUCGACUUUAGAGGUAAGUUUUAUAACUUUUGUUUCUUAUACAAAUUUGAAGAGGUUAGAGCACAUCAUAUAUUAUAAAUGUGCAUAUAUACCUAUUUUAAAAAGUUCAUAAUCUGAAAUUGUCUUUGAAAACUCAGAAACAUUGGUAGACUCAUAAAUCAA